AUGUCAGACAACUCGUAUAACGACAUGGACGACCGCGCGCAGUCGUCCCGUACCGACCAACACGGAGGGAUCGACGCCCAAACUCUACGCGACUUGGCCCAGACCGAGAAAGGUGCCGCCACCCUCGCAGAAGCUCUGAAAGACCGGCGCGUCCGUGAUGCUCUCAAGAAAUACGGCGUCAAGGUCCAGACUGACGAGGACGUCGGCUACAACUCCCUACCCUUGGAGCUCCGCGACAAAAUUCGGGAAUGUACCAUCGCAGCCUUCAAACCCGUUCGAGCCUCCGCCUGGCCGGAAUCUAAGUGCCUCCUCUGUCCCCGCCUGGCUUCGCUCGCUUGUAUCGACUCCGAGUGGCGGCACGCAAUCGAAUCCACCACGUUUGAGAGUCUGACCUUGAAGGGACGGGAUGAAGAUGUGAUACUGAGAGAGUUGGAGCACUUUGAAUGCUACGUCGUGGGUAACAGACGGAAUUAUCUCCAGCACAUCUGCCUUCCAGCCCAGGACCCUCCGAGAGUUGUGCUUCAAGAAACAGCCGAAGACGAGGAAUGGAAACAGGAAUGCAUCAACGCAUUGGUCUUUCCGACGCAAAGACUUUUCAAGUAUGUCGAGCAGUGGAACCAAAAAUCCGUACGUGCUGGAAACCUUAGCGUUGAGAUCCAGCCGACGCGGUGGUAUUAUACCACGACCACGGUACGCCAGGUCUGUGCAGCACUCCACGCUCUGCCUACAGUUCCGCAGAUCAAACAUUUUCGCGCUACGCUCUGGGAGCCUAUGGACCUUACCUCCAUGCUGGCUCUACUGUCACACAUGCCCAACCUCCGUUCCGCGAUCACUGUCCUAGGUGGCCCUUGGGACUCGGAAUGGGAAGCCGAGUCGGACAUACAGCUUGAGAAAUUGGAAGCCCUGAAGGUCGAGAUCAGAGAAUAUUGGGGCUGGCGCGAUCUUCAGACAAAGUUUUUCGCGGAAGCGUUGCGUUACUCGCAGAAGCUUCGCAGGUUCUCUCUGUCAACGGAGCCACCUUGCACAAUUCGUUCACUCUUCUCACUGUUUGAGCCGUUCUCCACAUUGAGAUUCGAUCCUGACGCCCCACUGCCUCUCAUGUGGCCAAGCUUGACAGACUUCAAGAUUGAAAACUGGUUUGUGGAAAACGUUUUCUACCGACGAGAAGACGUCGACGAAGUGAUCAACAUGAGAGACCCCUUGACGGCGGUUCUGAAUGAGGUCAUGUCGAUAUUUGGACGGAUCGUCAGGUGCAUGCCUCGUAUCCGCAACUUGGAGAUAGGAUUGACCUAUACGGGUUGCGUCGACCGCCAUGAGCGGGGCGAUAUUCGUGGUCGAAUUGACGUUAUCCUCAGUCUGGAAACAAUGCGGUGGCCUACUGGCAACGGUCCACAUGCGGUUUUGUCAGUCACUCACAACGACGACAGCGGUGAUGACCUCAAGCUGUCCGAGACCGUGCCUUCAGAAGAAGUCACGGCGCUGUGGAAAGAGUCUCUUUUGCACUCUGCGAACGCCGUUUUGGAAGUCCAGGCCGUUUCUACGGGUUCAUGUGUACGGAUUUGA